AUGUCUGACCUCAAGCCCAUCACCGUCUAUGUCCAUGGCAGGGGACCCAACCCCAAGAAGGUUACCAUCCUCCUCGAGGAGCUAGGCAUCCCCUACAUAGCUGUCGAAACCCCCAACCCCAAGGCUGAGUCGUUUGUCAAGAUCAACCCCAAUGGCCGUGUCCCCGCCAUCGAGGACCCAAACACGGGCAUCACCAUCUGGGAGUCUGGCGCCAUCCUUGAGUACCUCAUCGAAAAGUACGACAAGGACCACAAGUUCUCGUUCGACACCGAACCCGAGAAGUGGUACCUGAAGCAGUAUCUGCAUUUCCAGAUGUCUGGACAGGGGCCUUACUACGGCCAGACCAUGUGGUUCCAUUUCUUCCACAAGGAACAGGUCGAGUCGGCUAAGGAGCGCUACGAAGAACAAAUGGUCCGCGUUGUCGAGGUCCUGAACAAUAUCCUUGAGGGCAAGGAGUAUCUCGUCGGCAACAAGUACACUUAUGCCGAUAUUGCCUUUAUCCCCUGGAACACGGCCAUCCCUGUCGUUGGUGACGUGUGGAAGAAGUUUGAUAUUGAGAACAAGUACCCCAACUUCGUUGCAUGGCACAACCGCCUAAUGGCCAGACCUGCUGUGGCCAAGAUCCUGACUCCUCCAACUGAGGAGAAGUAA